AUGAGGCUAACCGUAACCGCGUUACUGACCCUAUUUGCUUCCCAGGCAAGCUUGUCUCCUGCCUUUCUUCUCCCACGGCCACACCAACGAUCGAGGCAUCUGUUUUCUGUCGCCGAGGAAACUGUGACUGCGAGCGAUGCUGAUGCUACCACAACCGAAAAUAGACUCGACGCCGAAAAGAAAUAUUGGGAAAUUGGUCCUACCCCCUUUCACCCCGAGCCACGGCCUCUGACUCCCGAGUUGGAACAAGCAUUGCUGGAAUCGCGACAUCCCCACGAAAGCCAAGACGAGUUGGGUCGCGGUGUCUUUCUCACAACUGAUUGGCGCAAGGCAUGGUACAGCUAUCAAUCCCCUCCUUCCAAUCCCAAUCUGAUUGACAAUGACACUGGGGAAGCCUUUUACGAGAUUUCUGAGGACAGUAUCGAAGGAACCUUACCCGAAGAUUUGGUAGGAACUUUAUACCGCAAUGGGGCCGGGAAACUGGGCGUAGGAGGCGAACGAGUGCAACAUGUUAUGGAUGGCGAUGGAUUAAUCUCUCAGAUUGACAUUGGACCUUAUCAUGAAAACAAGCAGCAACGAAGAGUCACAUUCCGAUCCAAGUUUGUCCAAACCAAAGGAUUGCAAAAAGAAAUUGAGGCCGGCAAAUUCAUGGCCAGGGGAGUUUUUGGAACUGCUCCUCGGGGUUUGACAUCACUGUUCCCGCCACCCAAACGAGGUGUCAAUGCGGAGCCAUCCACCCCGCCACUCUUGUCUCGUGUCGCCGGGAAUGCCUUCGAUACCACUCUCAAAAACUCGGCGAAUACACAUGUCGUGUCCUUUGGAGGAAAGUUGUUGGCACUGUUCGAAGCAGGCUUGCCGUAUGCAUUGGAUCCAACGACACUCGAAACGAUUGGAGAAGAUACCAUGGGAGGAACUCUACCAGGCAAGGACAAACUAGCUAUCAAAAUGAUUCCUGAAUUGCGGGACAAGUAUCAACCAGACUUUAUGGGUGGAGCGUAUCACACUGCUCAUCCCAAAUUGUGUCCUCGAACGGGUCACUUGGUCGGGUGGCAUUACAGUCUCUUGUUGCCCGACUCGGACGCUUUGGAAUUAACGUUCAACGAAUGGUCGCCCAAGGAUUUCAGUCUGGUGGCAUCCAAAAGCUUUCAAAUGCCCAACAAUGAUUUGGCACCACACGAUAUGGGCAUGACAGAAAACUGCAUCGUCAUGCUUGUAAACUCAUUGUCCAUGAAUCAACUGCCCUACCUACUGGGCGUCAAGGGGCCUGCGGCCAGCAUGUCGAUGAAUGGACGGGCCAAUGUGUACGCACACGUCUUUCCCAGACCGACCGCAUCCAAGCAAUUUGAACCCUUUGUGGUAGAGGUGCCACCAUGCUUUUCAAUUCACUUUAGUCAUGCCUAUGAAGACGAAACGACGGGCAAUCUGGUGGCCUUCUUCUCGGGAUGGCCACCCUCUGAUUCCAAAGACUUUCUAGGCGCCUGGGGUGGCUUUUGUCCCGAUUUCAAAGUCAUUCCACCCACGCACAUUUGGAGACUCGAAAUCGACCCGCAAACCAAGCAAUUCGUUGAUAUGCGGGUUGCCAAUGACUGCAUCAAUUCAUGCUCCGAACACAUUGUCUGUCAUCCCAACUUCCAAACCAAACAGGCCAAGUACGUGUACGCUAUUACUUCCAACCUGGUGGGCGACUCAUCGGCUCCCGUUGGAUACACUCGACAUUGUGUGGAAGACGGCAGCAAUCGUCAGCUGCAAGUUGGAGAAUACAACUAUGAGAUCGAUGCGUACUGGUUCGGUUCGAGGUGUUUUACUGACGAACCAUUGGUGGUUCCCAAACAGGGUGGCAACCCAGAGGAUGAAAGUGAUGCUUACUUGUUGGGUAUGGUGUUUGAUGCAGUGCAACAACGGUCCUUCUUGUCCAUCUUUGACUUGAAGCAAGACAUGAAGAAAGGGCCAGUGUGCAAGAUUUGGUUACAGUCGCACAUCCCACAUGGUCUGCAUGGCUGCUUUGCGGCUGAUGGACCCGGAACUUCUUCGGUGUUUUGUUGA